GGCAGUAAGUCGUCACGCAUUUCACGGAGCGAAAGUCGCGCGUGCCGGUUCCGACUUAUUAUAUUAUAUUUAUAUUAUUAUUAUAAACAUUUAAUUAAAAAGGAACUAAAUUGUAUUGGUGUGUGUGUAGUGGUGUUUUUGAAUCACACCUCCAAAGAAUGAAAAGAUAAUCACACACACAACAUGGAACCUCUACUCACUUCUUCCCUGGGACGGGCCCACCUGUCCCAUUUGCCCCAACGGCCCCCGGUCAACCUGAGCUUUCAGGACCUCUCGUAUACUGUGCAUAUUGGAAAAGUAUCAAAGCUCAUCUUGCGAAGCGUCAGUGGUGAAUUCCGAUCAGGACAAUUGACUGCUAUCCUCGGACCUUCGGGAGCUGGCAAGAGCACCCUGCUUAAUGUAUUGGCAGGAUAUCGAGUGGUCGGCGCAUCAGGGCUGGUCCACACCAACGGGGAGCCCCGCGACUUGCCUCGCUUCAGGAAGCUCUCCCGUUACAUCAUGCAGGAGGAUCUGCUGCAGCCCCUCAUCACGGUGCAGGAAUCCAUGGUUAUGGCAGCUGACUUGAAGCUUGGCAAUAACUUGACGACGAAGAAGAAGGCCGUGGUUGUAGACGAAAUUAUUCAGUUGCUACGACUAGGGAAGGCGCGAAACACGACAACUGAGAGACUAUCGGGAGGCGAGAGGAAGCGAUUGUCCAUCGCGUUAGAACUUGUUAACAACCCACCUGUUAUAUUCCUUGAUGAACCUACUACUGGUUUGGACGACGUGGCGUCUUCCACGUGCGUGUCUCUCCUCAAGCGUGUAGCCCGGGGUGGUAGGACGGUCGUCUGCUCUGUGCACACGCCCUCCGCCCGACUCUUCUCUGUGUUUGAUCACGUGUAUGUGGUCGCUGAUGGGAGAUGUGCCUAUCAAGGCACUUCUGCAGGGGUCGUACCCUUCUUGCAGCAGUUGGGCUUGCCAUGUCCUACUACGUAUAACCCAGCGGAUUUCAUAAUCGAAGUAUCAAGCGGCGAGUAUGGACCGCACGUUGAACAAAUGGUGUCUUCUGUUGAAAAUGGUAGAUGCCAGAAAUGGAGAAAUUACGCCAUUGAAGAUGCACCACUCCAAGAAGUAGAUAUAGAACAAUUAAACAGUGGAGUCGUCGCCAAACAUAAUUAUGAAUACGAAAGCACUGGAUACCAACAAUUCCAAGUUUUAGUUAAACGAAUGGUACUCCAAACAUUUAGGAAUAGGGACUAUUUAUGGCUAAGGUUCGUUCUCCACAUUUUUAUAGCAGUAAUAAUAGGAGCUCUUUUCAAUAACAUGGGUUUUGACGCUUCGAAGACAUUAUACAACUUUGGAUUCUGUUUCGCAUGUAUUAUUGCUAUGUUGUACACGCCUAUGAUGCCGGUUUUACUUGCUUUCCCCACCGAAGUGAUGCUAAUCAAACGUGAAUACUUCAACAGAUGGUAUGGUCUAAAGCCAUACUUCGCCGCCAUGUUCGUUUCCAGAACUCCCGCUACUAUAUUCUUCUCUUUACUUUAUCUGGCUAUAGUGUACCCUUGGACUGCACAGCCCAUGGAAUUAUCUAGAAUAUUGAUGUUCGUCAGUACGUGUAUUAUGGUGGCAUUGAUAGCUGAAUCUCUGGGCACGCUUAUAUCUUCUACGUUGAGUAUAGUGAACUCAAUGUUCGUCGGGCCAGUAGUAUCAGUUCCACUAAUGCUUCUCUCAGUAUACGGUAUCGGCAAUGGAGACGAUCCUCCCCCCAUCGUAUGGAAACUGGCUCGGGCUUGUUCCUUCAUGCGAUAUGGGCUCGAAGGACUUGUAGCGGCCAUAUAUGGGGCUCCAAGGGCUGACCUCGUGUGUCCUGAUGAUGUGGACUACUGCGAGUAUAAGAACGUCAAGUAUUUCGUGAAGCUAAUGGGAAUGUCUGGAGUAUCUUACUGGGUGGAUAUAUCAGUCCUCUUCCUAAUGCUCCUAUCUAUGAACCUUGCUGCCUAUUAUCUUCUGCGACAGAGACUAUCACCUAACUACGCUUUUAGAGCCAUCAAAGUUAUUGGAAGAUUUAUUAAGAACAAAAUGAGUGUUUCGCAUUAGUUUAGAAAUUGAAUGAGAACUGUUAUAUUCCUAUUGAUAACAUUGACCUUGGUGUAAAACCAAUAUUAUUAUGUAUGUAAUAUUUAUUUUAUAAAAUUUUGACGUUUAAAUAUCAGAAAUGAGUAUCGAACUUAGGACUACUUCUGCGCGAAAUGACAAAUGCGUAAUAAACGAAAAAUUGUAUAUAGAAUUGAUUAAUUGUAUAAAUUAUUUUGCUUUGCUAUAUUUGCUCAAUUAUAACUAGUAGAUACUAUUUUAAUUUUGAAUCUGAUGAAAAUGUUUCUUCUGUAUAACAAUUUGUACAAAAAUUAAUCGUCCAUUAAAAAAAAAUAGAGGUAAUAUUUAUAGAAAGGUAAUGUUUGAAUUACUUUAAUGAUUAAUAUUUAAUUAAAUAAAUAUACUUCGUUCCUUAUAAGAAAGAAGCAAUUAAAAAUGUAUAAAAUAAGACAAUGGCAUAAUUAUUUGUAUAAUAAUAGUAUUUUAUAUUUAUACUGUAUACAAAAUAAUAAUAAAAUUGGCAUAUUGUGUUAAACAUUUUAGUCCAAGUGAUUUAUUGAAUGAAUAUUGUUUCAGAUAUUUUAUCUAUGUGAAUAAAAGAGAAACCGAUAUUUCAAUAUUUAUUUAUAAUAUAUAAUAGUUUAAACAGUUCUCUAGUAUGAAUGAAUAAUAUUUAUGUGUUUACCCAAUGACUGAAUGAUUGACUAAGGAUUUAUUCUUAUAGAACGUAAAUAAUCCAGUGUGAUAUCUAGAUUGUAAGACAUUGUUUAAAUGUGAUUUAAGCUGUACCUAAGGUUUAUGUAGUGUUGUUUUAUUAAGUUAUGUUUCAUUAUAAGGAGAUGGAAUAAAGAUUUUUUACUUUU